UAAAUGUUAUUAACAAUUAUUAGUAUUUCUAGAAACCGCAAUCGCUUAUAACAAUAAUCUUUUAUUACUUAUGCUAUUCAUAAAAUGUAAUAUUAUUAAUUAAGAUCGUCACAGAACUUAAAUUGCUUUAUUACCUCUGCUGUAUGCUGUAUGUGUUACUAAUGUGCUUAAAAUGGAACAAACAGUGUACUGAAUUAAGACAAUGUCAAGGAAUAUCUCGAUAAAGUUCAGAAAGACUUAAUAAAAGUACGGAAGUCUGGCCAAAAAAUGACUGACACCAAAGAAGUGGCCAAUUUAAAGGAUGCAUCUGUUGAAGAACAAGGAGAAUUUUUAAAAUCGUUUGAUACAAUUUUAUGUGAUAUUGAUGGUGUGAUAUGGUCGACACUUUCAUCCAUAGAUGGGGCUCCAGAUGCUAUAAAAUCGUUAAGAUCCAUAGGAAAACAAGUAUUUUUUGUAACUAACAAUACAACAAUACCGUUAGAGUUUCUUGUAAAACGGCUACAAGAGUUUGAGAUGAAACAAAAUGAAGUUUUGAGGCCUGAUCUAGCAAUAAUCUGGUAUUUGAAGAGUAUCAAUUUUGACAAGGAAGUUUAUAUUGUAGGAGUAAAAGCAUUGAAAGACACUAUUAAAAAAAGUGGAUUUAAAGUUCACGAAGACGAGGGUGAUCAAGUUGAAGAGACUAUCGCUGGAGUUAUUAAAGCAAUAAAUAAACUAAAUCCAAAGGUGGGUGCAGUCAUUAUGGAUGCCGAUUUGAACGUCUCCUUUGUCAAGUUACAAAGAUGCGUGGAAUACAUAAAGAAAAAUAACGCAAUAUUCUUAGUGGGGGGAUGGGAUCCAGUAUUACCUUUUGCAGACACAUUUUUAAUAGGCCCAAAAUACUUUAUUCAGGCUGUGGAAGAUCUAUCUGGGAAAAAACCUUUGACUCUGGCCAAACCACACGAUGUUUUUCACGAUUUCGUGGAAGAAAGCAUCAAAGAUCUUCAUCCAGAAAGAGUUCUAUUUAUUGGAGAUUCGGUAUUGACUGACAUGACAUACGCCCAAAAAUUUGGACAUAAAAAACUGUUGCCACUGACAGGUUGCACCUCAAAGGAAGAAGUAACAAAUUGGAAAUUUGAGGAGAAUUUAAAACCAGAUUACUAUGUAGACAGUUUAAGGGAUGUACAUAUUAUAAUUCAAGAAUUGAAGAAGAAAAAUGUAUUAUAAAUUUUAGAUGUAGCCUUUGUUAAAUAACUUAAUUUAAAAAUAUAUUUUUUAU